GGGAGGACUGGGCAGACAGACAGAGCAGUGUGCAGAGAGGUUUGGGGUUUUAAAGUGCAGGUCAGCGGUGCAGUUUGCUCAUUCACACCAGUCUCAUCAUCACUAACUAUCCUAAACAACUAGGAAUCCAGAUUUAGACGCUUUGUUGGGCUCUAGGUGCGUUAACGCGUGCAUCGACCUGUUGGUUCAAUCUGGCUCGAAACUCUCAAUUCUUCGGAUAAACUCGCGCAAACUUCUUUGCAAAACGCCGCGAAGAAGGCAAUGUAGAGAAGGAGGUGUGGAGAGAGCUGCCUCGCUGAGAGGGUGAUGUGACCCUGCGUAAACUCCAAUGACCAGCUCUCUCUCGCGCUCUCUCUCAAACACACGUGAAACAGCAGCAGCGUGUCCGUGUCCAGGGCUGGAGCCAGCAUGACUCUGUCCGGCGGUUUGUCGGAUACUUGUCAGCUCAUUUUACGCGACCGCACGGAGCCGGAGAUGUGGAAGUAGGCUUCUUCACCCAUGCUUUCUGGGGAAUAGUUGCUGCAACACGUCGGGAAGUGAAAACAAGCUACCUUGCACACUUUGGAGAGAGCUACGAUGCGGGGCACUUUGGGCGCAUUCAUUCAGUCCUGUGCGCUACUGCUGGUCCGAGCAGACCAGUGGAGGCUGAAGGACUCCGCCAACUGCGAGCUCAACAAGAAACAAACUGACUUAAACUCCUUCCUGUGGACGAUCAAAAGGGAUCCCCCGUCAUAUUUCUAUGGUACAAUCCAUGUUCCCUACACACGCGUUUGGGACUUCAUCCCCGAAAACUCCAAGCAGGCCUUCCAGGAGAGCAACAUCGUCUACUUUGAGCUGGACCUGACGGACCCUUACACAAUCUCAGCCCUGACCAGCUGCCAGCUGCUCCCUCAGGGCGAGAACCUGCAGGAUGUCCUGCCUAGAGACAUCUAUCGGAGACUUAAAAGACACCUUGAGUAUGUAAAACUCAUGAUGCCUUCAUGGAUGACCCCAGAUCAGAGAGGGAAGGGACUCUAUGCGGACUACCUCUUUAACGCCAUUGCUGGGAACUGGGAGAGGAAGCGUCCCGUGUGGGUGAUGCUGAUGGUGAAUUCGUUAACCGAGGCAGAUAUUAAGACACGAGGGGUGCCGGUGUUGGACUUGUACCUGGCUCAGGAGGCCGAGAGGAUGAGGAAGAGGACGGGGGCUGUCGAGAAGGUGGAGGAGCAGUGCCAUCCACUCAACGGGCUCAACUUCUCCCAGGUCAUCUUUGCCCUGAACCAGACGCUAUUACAGCAGGAGUCUUUACGGGCAGGAAGCCUACAGGUCCCGUACACCACUGAAGACCUCAUCAGACACUACAACUGUGGAGAUCUCAACUCUAUCAUCUUCAAUCAUGACACCUCACAGGUCCCUAACUUCAAUAAUGUGACACUGCCACCCAGCGAGCAGGAGACCGCCCAGGAAAUAGACAGCUACUUUCGACAGGAACUCAUCUACAAGAGGAACGAGAGGAUGGGGACGAGGGUCAAGGCACUACUUGAGGAUCACCCUGACAAGAGCUUCUUCUUUGCCUUUGGAGCAGGUCAUUUUCUCGGCAACAGCACAGUCAUUGAUGUCCUUCGUCGCCAGGGAUACGAGGUGGAGCACACCCCUGCUGGGCAGCCGGUAAACAGGAGAUCAUCAUCCAGACCUGACUCGCCAGGGUCAGGAGACCAUGAUGAGUCCCCUCUUUUGGAACCUUUCCUCCACGAGCUGCCCCACAAAGAGGACGAUCAGGGGCGUCCCCUGGAGGACGAUCUGUUACCCCACAUGCUUCUGCCACCGGAUAGCCUGGAACUUCUGGAGAAAGCAGAGAGGAAAAUGCUGAAGAAAAAGAGGAGGAACAAGCCGAAGAAACAGCGGCACCGGCAUUUUAAUGACCUUUGGGUUCGCAUCGAGGAGAGCACUAUGGUCCAGUCUCCACCUCCCCCGCUGGUUCGCAUCAUCAAUGGUUACAUCACUGUGCAGCCACCUGACAGAGUUCACAGCCACUACAACUACCAACCCACAUCUUCGGCAUCAACCACCUCCCUGUCCUUACUAUCUAUUUAUGUCUUCAUCUGCACAUUGCUUACAGUGAUCCCACAGACCUGGACUGCAUUCCUCUAGUGGGGCAUUAGUUGGGACUGUAUAAACACAGUCAGUCUUCAUGAGGAUAAACUCUCACAUGGGGUGGUUUCAUGUAUCAUCUCAUGUAAAGCGAGGUCUGAUCAUGUAUCAUAAGACCUAGAGGAGACUGCGAAAGUGCAGUGACUCAUUCACGGAAAAAAAGCAUGGAGAAAGGAUGUGAAAUCAGUUCUAGCAGUCAGGUAACAGUACACUCCAUGGAUGUUAAGUUAGAUAAAGUUUGUGUUGAAUGGUAAAUAAUGUCAAUAGAGCAUGUCUCUUACAAAUUGAGGCCUUGAUGAGCAUGUAAGUUUAUAUAACGUUAGGUUUGUUGGAACAUAAAGGGUUCAUAAGGGUUCAGUUAUUUUACACA